CGCCGCCGCGUAAAUGAACGUGUCCGAGAAAAAGAGGAGGAAAAAAAACUUCGGUUAAAAAUGGCGGAGGGCGCGUCGACUCUGAAAGGACUGCGCGCUCAAAUGGCUGCAGCCGCGCAGGCGCAGGCCGAGGAGCGUCGCAGUCAGGCUGGCAACAGCCCAGUGCCUCCAGCUGCCACCACCACCAGCACCACCACCACAAAGAGCCAUGCAAAACCAGUUAUUGAUGGAGCAGCUCUUCGAAUAGACGAGAAACUUCGAGUGGCCAAAGAAAGAAGAGAAGAACAAGAGAAGCAGCACGCGGCACGUGAGUCUCAGAUCCUGGAACGGGAGCGCAAGGCCAAGCUGCAGGUGGAGAGGCAGGUGGAGGAGAGGCAGAGGAAGCUGGAGGAGCAGCGAAGGAAAGAAGAGCAGAGAAGAGCUGCUGUGGAGGAGAAGAGGAAACAGAAGCAGGAGGAAGAGAAGGAGCACUAUGAGGCAGUGAUGCGGCGUACUCUGGAACGCAGUAAUAGAGUUGAGCAGAGGCAGAAAAGGUGGUCCUGGGGAGGCCUCUCCGACGCAGACAGCAAAAAUGGCGAGAGUGACACUGGCCCCGUCUCAUCCCCAGUUACUGUAGUAAUCUCCCCAGCCUCACCAGUCUCCAAGCCACCUCGGAGCCAGACGCCACAAGACAAGCGUUCCACCUCCACCACAAACCUGAAGCAGUCGGCCGACUCUGCCAUCAGCAAACGCCUGUCCUCCUCCUCCGCUACCCUCCUCAACUCUUCAGACAAGAGUGCUAAGCGGAGGAGUUCGUCUUUGAAUCGGUUGCCUAGCAAUGCCACUCAGGCCUCUAAGGAAGUGAAUAAGCAGCCUCAGGUGGAACAGACAGGCCCCACCUUGAAGAAACGGAGCUCCUCCCUCUCUCGAGUAGGGAGCAAAGCCUCACCUAAAACCAUACCAGAGAAAGGUCCACCCAGUGAAGCAGCACGUCGCUCCUUGGCCAGUCCCAUGGACUUCAGUCGUCUCCUCACCCCCACCCAGGCUUCUCUAGCUAGGAGCAAGAGCGCGGCGGCCCUAUCAGCCGAUGGAGCAGAUGUCCCAGAGUCUCACCUGUGUCCUCGCUCAGUGUCCACCAGCCCGCUGCAGCCCAGCCCCCGCGGACCCCUGCGCAGCCGCAGCACAGACCGCCGGAAAGGCCCACCGACGUCCGCUUCGGCCGACGCCAUCUCCAGCAUGGCUCAGAAAGCUGAGAAGGACAAGCGCUUCACUUCACCGGGAGGAAAACGUCCUCCUUCACCCUCCACCCUCCCUAACCGCCAUCGCUCCCCAUCCCCUGGUCCCCAGGCUCUCAGCACCACCAAAAGAGCGCCCUCCCCUGGAGCAGCCAAGUCAAGUCCCCGAAAUCGCCCCCCCUCCCCCAGCGGGGUGAAACAGCGGCCUCCAUCCCCUCAGCCCGCCUCUGCCUCCAAACCUCUGCCCAUACAGAAGCCUGCGCUCACCCCCACCGGCCCUCCUAUUCUCCGCAAGAGGGAGUCCAAGCCGAAGGACAUGUCUCCUGUGACUCCUAUGUCACCACAGCCUCAAGAGGCCAACACUGCCAGCCCUGCCCCCAGCACCAAGCCCAAAGAAGAUCCCAACUCUAAAGCCAUUGCCGGCACAAACUCUGCUGCAGAAGCCUCUAGGAUGUUGGCAGAGAACCGGCGUCUGGCCCGUGAACAGAAAGAGAGAGAGGAACAGCUCAGAGUGCAGAGAGAGGAGGAGGAGAGGCUGAGAAAGGAGGAACAGAAGCGUCUCGCUGAGGAGGAGAGAGUGAGACGCUUGGAGGAAGAGAAGAUUCGGGCGGAGGAGAGGAAGAGGGAAGAGGAAGAGCAGGCUGUUAAAGAUGAGGAGGAGAAGCAGAGGCUGGAGCUGGAGGAGCAGCAGAGACAGGAAGAGCUCCAGAAAGAGCGAGAGGAGGCCGAAGCAAAGACCAAAGAGGAGGCUGAGAAACAGCGGCAGGAGAGAGAGCGCAUCAUGCAGCAGAACCAGCAGGAGCGCAUGGAGAGGAAGAAGAGAAUUGAAGAAAUUAUGAAGAGAACCCGAAAAACGGACCAAAUCGAUUUUAAGGGCAGUGAUGACAAAAGUAAUCCAGAUGAGAAUGAUGAUGAUGAAGAAGAAGAGGUUACUGACCAGAUAAACUGUGAAAGUGAUCAGUCUGUCAAACUGGACAAUGCAGCAGAGGAAGAAGACCAAAAAGAUACCCAGGAGGAAGAUGCUUCUUCACAGGAAGGCCCUGAGGAGCGGGAGGAGCCGCUUGGCAGUGUGAAUGGACAGGCCGAAUUGGAAAAUAAGGAAAACAACAAUGGCUCCAGUGCAGCGGAGCCGCUAGCCAUUAGUAAUUCUUGCCCAAAGACGCGUCUGGUGGAAGGCUCAGAGUUUGUGAAUGAGAACUCUAAACUGGGACUGAAUGGGAAAACUGGGCCGUGGAGCUUUGAGGAGCUGAUUGAUCUGGGGGUUCAUCCUAAAGGCCGGCCACUGAUGGAGGCCGACGGUUGUAACCAGGGCCUUAUAGACUGUGAUGGGGUACCUGAGGGUCCCAGGGUGGCCUUUGAAGACAAGUCGGCUCCUGUUAACUCCAUCCAUCCACCUCAGCCCAUUGAAGCUCUAUCAGAGAUGUGAUUGGACCUCCUCGCCCGGGGUCCGGUUGCUAAUUGCACUCCAUGACGCAUGUCCAGUUGAGCUCCAAAGUCCGCUGUGCUCAGCCUCAUCUCGACAAGCAGAGAAACUCUGAGUUUCAGAGCUGCGGAGAAAAGCUUCUCCUCCUCUGAGAUGAUAAAGGUGGAACAAAAACGAAACAAAAAAAAUAUGAAAAAUGCUUCAGGGAAAAUGUCUUCUUUAAUUGUGCUUAUGUGUCAUAUUUCCUGUCUCCUGUUCUUUGCAUUGUUUCUGUCUUGUCUGUUUUUUAUGACUGUUUUUUUUCGCUCUUUGUUAAUAUUAUUUGUUCUUUUUUUUUUUUAAUGUGGGGCAACUCUUGUAAUUUAUUCAUCGUUCCUUUUAUGACAUAUUUGGUUAUUUUGGUUGUGUUUUCGGUUAGUUUCACACAUUUGCCAUUCUGGAAUUUACUGACUCUGAAGUCAGUCAGUGAGUUGAUAGAUAUGAAAUGAGCUCAAAAAUUUAAUUGCAGAUGGUCUUCAGUCCAUUAAUGCAUCAGUUUAAACAGUAAUGAGCAGUAAUUAAAAUGUAGUUAAAACAAACUGCUGCUUUCAAAAGUCAGAAAGGAAAGGCAUAUUCCAGACAUCUGGGAUUGGACGCAUUCUUCAUGUCUGUGCUUAAGAAUGUGAUCAUAAUUAGCUCUGCUAGAAUUAGCACUUGGCUUUUGACCUCCGUUUCUUUUCUUAAAUCUCCACCAUUCUCUGCAUGUAGCGUUUUUCCUGUAUUUCCAAUCUUCUGCAGAAUCUAACGUGAAGACCUGGCCCAACUUGCUCCCUCUCUGCUGCUGUGAAGCAUUUCUUGUAUAAAGUCUGUAGAUAGCGAAUCUCGGUCAAGAUAUUUCAGAUAUAAAAAAUAAAAAAAAUGGUCUCUCCUGAGAAGUGGGAGGCUUCUCAAUGUUAAAGUACCGCUGAAGCUGAAAGAACGUCACGCUCAGCUGAAACGGCUGUUUGCCAAUUCCUUUGGACUGUAAUGAAUAAAGGAGAUCAAGGCAAAUAAUGGUGUGAGCACUUGUGACUAGUUGAAGUUUUAAUGUUGUUAAAGUUUCAGGUUUAUAGUUGUUGCCCUGCGUUUUUUUUUUUUUUUUUUUUUUUUUUUUUUUUUUUUGGGGCGGACGUUUACUUCUACAUGUACAUAAGCGUAAACAUGGUUAGUUACUUAUAUGAAGCCUAAUUUAUGUGCAUCUGAAACUAAAGCUUGACUAAAGCUUAACUACGGCUUGAUUUUGGAUGUCGGCAUGAAUCUAUAAUACAACAAAGAAUACUAGCACAACACAGAGGAAUUACUCUAACCUCGUUUUUUGUGAUAAUUGCACAUUCAGACGACGAGAGCUGUGUGGAUGUUUCCUUUUGUUCUCCUUUUUAGAAAAAAAAAUGUUUUAGGAAAAGGGGAUCGGUGUUCCAGUACUUGAUUUUUUUUUCCUCAUGCUUGAAUGAUGUUUUCAUCUGUUCUUGAAGGCCUUCAAGUUCCCGCAGGGUCAAACAGUUCCAUCAGUUUUGGGUUCUAAUGUUUUCUUUUCUCUUGUUCUCUUAUUGGAUUUCAUUACCUUCUCCAUCCUUCCAUCCAUCCAUCAAGUGGUCCAAUAUCCAAUGUUCCUCCUGCCACUUUUAUGUCUUCUUAAGAUAUUUGUUUGGAUUGCUUUGCAACUGGUCGACUAAAGGUCUCAGUAUAUUGAGAUAUAUAUUUAAAAGAAAAAAACGUUCCUACUUAUGUAUUGAGUAUUAUGUACAUAAUCAGUAUUAGGCUGUUGCGCUACGCUACGUUGGGUUGGAGGAUUAAGCUGUUUUCAUGCUAAAUACAGAAAAUUUGAUUCUGCACUUCUUUCAAACACCUUGUUUUCAAUGGGAUGCGUGGCACAUACUGCACUAUGUUUGCAUCUGAGCUUUGUGCAGCAAAAAUCAGUAUGUGUGCUGUGCAUCCUUUUAAAGUACAUUGGCUACCUUUCCACAUUCAGACUGCAAGUAGCUUUAAGCUGCUUUCCCACCAAACAUGAUGUGCAUUUUUCUCACCCGGUUAUGUCUUGCGUUAUGGUAUGCAAGCAUGCAAAAGCUGAUGAGCUUUAAAAUUAAUAGGUCGUUUCUCCAGACGGGAAUCAAGCCUAGUCCUUAACUAAAUUUCCCUUUUAGAGAGAAAUCUCCAUUUAAAUUGCUAUAUAGUAUAGUCCAAGUCUAGGCUUAAUUAAAACAUGUCUGAAAAAACCUGAUUCCAUCUAACCAUUGAACAUCGAACUUCAAAAAUCGAUAUUUGUGCUGCAAAUCCCAUCAAUUAUAACAUAUUUAAAAAGCACAGUGAAACAUGUUUGUUCUACUUUAGUGUGAAAACAGCUUUAGAGGGAAAAGAAAGGAAGCGCAUUGAAUCGUCUUCACCCGGUACACGGUUCAGUUUGGUCCCAGUAGACUUGAAACCUUCCCACUGGACUCAGGGCUGUUACUAACUAAGUAGACUCCAUAGAUCUCUAUAGUAGUCGCAAAACACUCGCAGGCUCCACUCGACACUACUAGCCCAUGUCUUGUGUUUUUAAUGUCCAUGGAAAGGAAGGAAUGGGGAACGUGUAUGUUGCUGGAGGGCGUACGGAAGUUGUGAUGUUUGGGUCAGAGAUGCUUUAUCGCUGCUGUAAGCUGCUGGUGAUGUGAACAGUGAUUGUAGGCUUGUAGUGAUUUAGAGGAGAAGAAUAAUAACAAAGAAUAUGGACCUGGUUUGAGGAUAGCGAUACUGGAAGUGAGUGAGUGAUUUUACCAGGGAUGCACAAUGGUGGCUUUGCUCAGGACUAGUUUUGAAAAUGAUAUGAGAAUUAAGGCUCUUUCACACCAAAUCCGUAUAUAAAUAUAGUGGAACAUUCACAUGGUGUCUGAUGCUAGAUAUUCCAUAGAUCUCAUUCAUCAGUUGCAUUCUCUUUUUUUUCUGCUCACAAUUUGCUUUAUACAACUCAAUUUCUUCCUUCCUAAUUGUACCCGAAUUUCUCUCCAAUUGGGAAGACCAGUUACCCACUACCCAUUCAUACAAAUCCCCCAUCACUAGUAAUACCCCAGUUCUCUUAUUUCUACUCUAUUGCUCAUUAAUAAGGUAAGCUGUAGAUUUUUUUUUCUUUUUGGGUGGAACAUGAACUAGAAAAGAAAAAACUUAAGAACGACAAGUCUGCUGUGAAGAACUCAUUAUUUUAACUUUUGUUUUCUGAUCCAAAUAAUAUUCACUGUUCUGCUGCUGCUGCUGCUGCUGCUGCUGCUGCUGCUGCUGCUUUUUUGGGACUAAUUUAUUGUUUGGUCUGUUAAAAAUGGUUUGUAACAACAGAGCACGGAUUGGUCAGCCUGAUUUGUAUUGCAUCCAUCAAUUUCAGACUCUGUGUCAAAUACAGCAUUUUAAUGUACUUGUUCCAAUUUGGAAAUCUCAAUCCCUGUUCAUAUGAACUCCCCCAUCACACUAAUAAUGCCUGUAACACUAGGAGAAUGAAGACCAGAGCGUGCAUCAUUUGACACAUGUGAAGUCAGGCCCUCCUCUUUUCCACCUGCCACCAAUGCAGCAGCAUCACUUGGUAGCAAGCAGUGCACUUUAAGGGAAGUGCUGGACCCCCAGCUCUGAUAAAUCGGCUAACAGAUGCCUGUGCUUAUCAACAUCACACUAGUAGUGAUGUAGUGAUGUAGGAAUAGAGCAUUGUUAGGUGUGCUCUCUCGGGACUCCGGCUGCUGAUGGCAAGCCAUGUUAUCUGAGAUUCGAUCCUUAGGCCACUGGACCACUCAGACCCCCCCUUGUUUUAAAAAACGUCAAAACAUUAAAAAAUCGGAUUCAGUGUGAAAGGGCCUUUGUUGAACUAAUGUUUGUCCAUUAUAAAGUGCUGUUGCUUGUUUGUAGUUUUUAAUGAUAUAUGAUCAGUAGGUUAUGGUUAUGGGUCCAGAAGUCCAGCAUGGACGUUAUUAGUGUAUGGAUUGUUUAUCAUGUGAUAAAGUAUCUCAUGACUAACUGUCCACUGAGCACAGGGAAUUCACUAAAUUAGAUCAGACUAAUUAGUAGUAUACUUACUUUUUCAUAGCAGGGACCACUUACUUACUGUAUAAGGAGGGCCUGGGGUAUAAAUUCAUUCCAUUCUUUUGUGUUCUGUUCUUUUUAAAGCGAUGUGGUUUGUUUAGGUUAAGAGACACUAGCACUGUGUGAAGCUUCACGCGAUGGCCGAAAAACUGUCUCUCCGUCUCUUUGGGAUUUCGGUGGUACAGGGGUGUACUUGACACUCAGGCAGGAGAAGAACUACCAGCAUAUACAGUGAGAGUGCUUAUUGUAGUUAUCAAGCAUAAAAUUAUGCCCACCUGACCAGAAAUUAUUUUUUUAAAUGCUUUCAGUGUCACUGCUGGACUACUGAAAAUGGUCCCCCAACAUGGUGAAUGAAUGAAGGACUAGAGCUGGACCAGUGAAUGAGCUUCUGUCUUUACAUCACUGUUGUACAAAGGUAGAGCAGCUAUAGGUAGGAGUGUCUAAUAGGGUGGAUACAGUGAGGGAACACAGUGUUUAAAAACUCCAGCAGCACUGCUGUAUCGGAUUCGCUCACUGUAACACCAGCACAACACACACUAACACCUCAUACACCACCAUCACCAUAGAGAGGUGGUCAUAAUGUUAUGUUUGAUGGUUGUGUGUAAAGGAAAUGUAAGAGGAGUUAUAAAUUCUUUUUCUCCGUUUUGGCUUUUGCUUUUCACGCACCUCCUAUUUAACUCCAAUUUUCUUGCAGAAAACGAAAGUUUAGACAAACCGAAGUGCUCAUCAGUGUGGUUGCUCGUGUGCUGUUUUGCAGUAAGUCAGUGUUUGCUCAUUCUCACAGGGUCACGACAGUGCAGUUGCUGCUUCCUCCCCUUUACAGGACCUUGAAAACUUGUGUUUUUCGGUUGUAGAGCAGUUCUCUAGCUUCUAGUACUCCUAAUGCCGGUAGAAUAGAACGGUGCCUUAGAUUCAGAGUCUGCGAUAUAUUUAUUUUCAUAUAUUAAUAACUAAACUAAUGUUACAUGUGCUUACUUUGGCCAGACAAUCAUUAUACUUGACCAAGGCCCUGAAAUGGAUCUACUUUUUUCUUUCUUUUUUUUUUUCUUUUCUUGACAUGUUGAAAUAGCCCUGACUAAAAAUUAUAUUUGUAAAUACAUCCAAAAUGUACCUGAUAGAAAAGAUAUGACCUGUUAAAAUAAAGUUUUGCAAGAUAAAAAGAAAUAAAUGCCGUUUGGUGUAAAGUCA